AACCAACCGUUAUUUUAUCAAAAGAUACAAUGUAUAGGAAUUUCAUAUCUCAGAUAUACAUAAUCUUCAAAUAACAGGAUCUAGGAUUUAUCUUACACCUUACCUUACACGUAUUCUAUCCAUGAGGGGGGCCUAUUUACAGCAGUAGACCUUUAUAGACUGUUUUCGAUGAAGUUAAAUUAAACGCGAUAACAUCCUAGAAGUUAUUUUUAUUCAGUCUAUAAUGUCUCAACUGCUGGGCCAAAGCCUCUUCCUACUUCUGAGGCUUAUUACAACAGGAAAAAGUUGUUAUUAGCAAGACGCUGCUACCCACCUCCGACUCAUUUCCCUCUGUCGCUGCUUACGAUACUCAAGGGAAGAUAUGGGCUCUACACGGUACUUUGCAAAUGGCUAAUUAUUUUAAGUAAUGUUUUAAUAAGUGAGUAGGUGUAAGAGUCAAUAAAAGAAAUCAUUAUGAUGUUCAGAAGCCACAACUUAAUUUAAUGACUUGCUCAUCGCACGCAUUGUCGGUCACUGUGCUCAUCAUAAUAAGUCGAGAACUCAAAUGUCAUCAUCAUCAUCAUUACAGCUAACCACAAGUUCAAUGCUGAACCUAGGUCUUUCGAAAUCCAUCGAACUCCCGUAGCUUACCAUAUCGUCACUCUCGUUUGGUAAGCCAUUCCACACUUCCCUUACCGGUACUAGAUUACUAGGCUAGCACUCGGGAACAUUUCAUUCCCAUUGCUUGUCAGUUUUGGAGCUAAAUGGUUAGUCCAUUGCAAUUCAGAUAAUUGAUCCGUUGGGUUAUGUUAUUACUACUGCGGAUAAUUGUCGUUGCGAAAUCUAUCACACAUGGAGCGCACACAAGGACGCUCACCUUGAGCUUCUUCAUACAGCCAACAGUGAAGAGUCAUGUCUCACAUUCAUAUGUGAAACAUGACGAGAUGUGUUGUAAUAAGAAAAACACUGUUGGGAGACACUAUUGAGCAUAGUGCUGAACGGAAUGAUGACAGCGCCGCCACAACUUUGACGCCGUAAUUAAGCCCAUCCAUUGUUUCCGAAAUAUUGGUUAUAAAUUAUUAUUUGUACCAAAAAAUCAGAGAUUAUUCGCUGACUAAACAAAUAAUAUUUAUAUUCAUUAUUCACAAAGCCUAUUCUACGAAUUUGUCCGUAGAUCUACGGAAUUUUAAUCGUCUGCGGAACUACGGAAUUUGAAUUGAAAUCUACGAAAUUUGAUUACCGUGUAAAUUUAUUUUAUGAAUAAUUAUAUUUUAGAAAACUUAACACAAAAAAAAACAUUUUUAUCAUGAGUAUGAACUUAGCCGAUAACCGACAAUCGAAAAUUUUAACUACAAUUUUUCAAAAGUUGUUUUUUGUAUAGUUUUUUACUGUUACAUAAAUUACCCUAGUCUGAAAAACCGCAAUUUAUCGAAUAAACUAACAGAAACCAAAAAAAAAAUAAUUUUAGUGAUGAUGGUCCGUUGUUUUUCAUUCAUCUAAUUAUUGCUUCAAAAUUUUUCAGCAUCAAGUGUGUAACGUAAUUUUUUUUUAGUAUAACUAUCCACAAAUAUUUAAGUGUUAAUUAUUUUAUUUGUUUUUUUACUAAAAAAAAUUUCGUUAAAAGAAAACAAUUAAUUUUUAAUCAAUUUUUAUUGUAAUUUUUUCUCAUGCGUGCUGCAGCUUGAAUCGAUGUUAUAGUACAAUGAACUUACAACAAGAAGUUUACAUGUCGGAAAGAAUUUCUCCAAUAAAUUUAAUCUAUUCUAUGAUAAAAACAAAAAAUGUCGAUCCUCUUAAGAAGUCUGCAGAUCUACAGAUAUUUUUAAAUAGUAUCUAAGGAAAUUUUUAAACCAACCUACGGAUUUGGAAAACCUCAGUUUGGUAGCACUGCACUCGAAUGACAGUGUGGUUCCCAAACCACAAGUCGUUGUCACAUGUUGUUCUCAUAAUAGUAAACGGCGCAUAAAGUACCUUAAUAUAACCUAUUCAAAUAAAAUGUUCUACGAUUCUAAGCAGUGUUAAGCUUUGUAUAAAAUAUUUCAAUGCAAAUUACAAAUAACAAAUAAUUUGACGUCAAUCUACACAAAAACAAAAUAUUUUAUUGCACUUUUUACUUUUUAAUUUUCAAGCCUUUAAAUGUAUAUGUCGGAGCGUCUAAAAAAUACAGAUUUGAACGAGGUGGAAUUGAGGGUACAUCGAGAAACCCCCACUUGUUUGUGCCGUAUAAAGUUCACUGCAGCUGCCGUGUGAGGGCGAUUCCGUUUAAGUCUGUGACAGUGUGGUUGUAGAUGUUCAAAUAAAACUUUGAUAGUGUUAUUCUCUAAUAUAUAAUUGGCAGAGUUUCUGCUAAAGCAAAUACGUAAGUUACAAUGAUCUCAGUCGGAGUUCUGCUUUUGUUUUUAUACCCGCAUUAUGCGGCUUACAAUUAUUCAUAAACGGAAAUAGUUUAAAAUCACCUACAUUGUUUAUUACAUCCGGAAUCUUAUUUAUAAUGUAAUUACAAACUUAAAUAUUAAUCAAAUAAUUAUGCAUUUAUUUAAUCAAGUAAUGUUUAAUAAUAAGAAGUUUAAUUAUGGCUGAGGGCGGGAAACAUUUGCUAACAUUCGGCCAUCCUGCGACGGCCGUGUCCCACGGCGAUCAGACAGCAUCUUGGUUUCGGUUCCAUGAAAUGCCUGGAAAAUUCAAAAAAAAAUGAACAAUAAAAGUUAAAAUAUGAGAAGUAAAGCAGUUGUCUUAUAAAUUCUGAAGGUAUGUUUUAUAAAAUAUUUUUUUUUUGCUUUGUUCACGUAACUGGAGUGUGUUACGAAAGGAACUUUAGUACGUGGUCACAAAGACUGGUCACACAGACUGGUCACACAGACUGGUCACACAGACUGGUCACACAGACUGGUCACACAGACUGGUCACAAAGACUGGUCAUAAAGACUGGUCACAAGGACUGGUCAUUAAGACUGGUCACAAAGACUGGUCACAAAGACUGGUCACAAAGACUGGUCACAAAGACUGGUCACAAAGACUGGUCACAAAGACUGGUCACAAAGACUGGUCACAAAGACUGGUCACAAAGACUGGUCACACAGACUGGUCACACAGACUGGUCACACAGACUGGUGUCGGUCAUACAGAAGAAUCGGUCACACAGACGGAUCGGUCACACAGACGGAUCGGUCACACAGACAAUUUUGAGUAGACCCGGUUGACCUCUUAGAUGGAUGUGGCUAUUUCAAAAUGGAUAUUUCUACACAGCGAUGUUGAAGUAAAUGUAUAAUGAUAUUACAAGAUAUAUUUCAAAUGUUUCAACCUUCUUAAUAAUCCUAAGGAUUCAUUUUAAUAAUUUACUAAUUUACGAGUUUGUAAUAAUAUAAAAAUAAAUAAAUAUUUAUAC